ACUGUGCUCUCUCUCUCUCUCUCUCUAUCUCUCUUUCUCUCUCUCUCACACGCAUAAGAUGGACAAGAAUCCAUGCUUCUGCUCGCAGGAUCCUGAAGUGAGGAAAGGACCAUGGACUGUUGAAGAGGAUCUGAUUCUGAUAGACUACAUAAACCAUCACGGCGAAGGUGUAUGGAACUCUCUUGCUAAAGCUGCUGGUCUACAACGCACCGGAAAGAGCUGCCGGCUCCGAUGGUUGAACUACCUCCGACCCGACGUCCGGAGGGGUAAUAUCACCCCCGAAGAGCAGCUCCUGAUCAUACACCUGCAGUCUAUGUGGGGAAACAGGUGGUCCCAAAUCGCAAAGCAAAUGCCCGGGAGGACCGACAAUGAAAUAAAGAAUUACUGGAGGACCAAGAUCCAGAAACACAUAAUCAAGCGAUCAGAAUCCGAGAUGAGUGAUCUUGUCAACCCUCCGUCGGCUGCAAGCGCGAGCACCGAUCAUCACGGGGUUUCAGCCGCAGACGCGACGGGGAUCGCCUAUUCUCCGCCGUCCGAUCGAGGCUGCCGCGCGGAAUUCACGUUUUCGCCUCCUCCGGCCGCCCAAGUACCGGACGAUGGCGUUUUCUGGAGCGUGGAGGAUCUGUGGCCCAUGCAGUCGCUAAUUAGUGGUACUGGUCAUGAUGCCCAAUUUUAUCCCCUUUAGGAAUAUUGGUUAUGGGGGGUCUUCUUGUGUUGUUGGUAGCUUCGGUAGGUCUUGUACUUAAUAGAGGAAAAGGCCACGACAUAUCAGAUGUCGCAUGUGACGUGCUGUAUACUAUUUUAUAGUUUGUAGCAGUGGCAACAUAUCUAUUGCAAUAAGAUCUUGGAGAUAUUAUCU